UCGACUCAGUCUAGUUUGUGCAGUCCUGCGAGUAACGGUUUUCUAGUGAGUUGGGUAGGAGGAUACCUAUCGUGUAGUGUUGACGCUACUUAGUUCCGGUACAAGUUGCUCUAGUCGUUUCCCUUUUGCACUUCCGCGUUUCUGCGGUCAGUGAACGUGAUCCCCUCGGCGUAUAGGAAAAGUUUUCCCUUUCACGAGAAGGCGGAAUUCAAGCUGCACAAAUGGAACGAAAGAAAAACCGCGGAAACCGGAGACGAAGAAAAAAACAUCCACUUCACCAGCACGGGUCGACGUAAAUCCAUGCUUGCACCGAUUCUAUCCAAGCUGAAAGUGAAUGUGGAUUCUUAUGAAUAUGAGAAGAAUGACGGGUCAUUGUCGAUAUCAAUGGAGAAAUUCCCCGCCAGAAAAGUUAAAAGACAUAGCAUCCAUGGAAUGAUGGAGGAGGAGAACAUUGUCAGGCCCCAUCAGGAAAUCCAACAGCUAACCCUUGAUGAGAAAAAGUUCCUUCUGGCGGUGGAGCGAGGUGACAUGGCAGGAACAAGAAGGAUGCUUCAACAGGUGCAGGAGACUGGUUACUUCAACAUAAACUGCGUAGACCCCCUAGGACGAACGGCACUCUUGAUGGCUAUAGACAACGAAAACUUAGAAAUGGUAGAGUUACUUAUCAAUUACAACGUCGAUACAAAAGAUGCCCUCCUGCACGCGAUUUCGGAAGAGUUUGUGGAAGCUGUUGAAGUACUUCUUGACCAUGAAGAUAUUAACCUGCAAAAUAAUGGCGCACAUGUAAGGAGAGAUAUUGAUGAGAGUGUAGGGCACGCAGGUGAUAACUUUUGUUGCUUACAGAACUGGGAAACAACACCAGAAGAUACGUCUACUUUCACGCCUGACAUAACACCCUUAAUAUUAGCGGCGCAUCGUGAUAAUUAUGAAAUAAUCAAAAUUUUGCUCGAUCGAGGAUCAAUCCUUCCCAUGCCUCAUGAUGUACGAUGCGGCUGCGAUGAAUGUGUACUAUCUCGUCUCGAGGACUCUCUACGGCAUUCCAGGUCUAGAAUUAAUGCAUAUCGUGCCUUGGCUAGUCCCAGUCUUAUAGCUUUAUCAUCGAAGGAUCCAAUAUUAACGGCAUUCGAACUUUCAUGGGAAUUGCGUAGAUUAAGUUUUCUUGAACAUGAAUUUAAGAGCGAAUAUCAGGAGCUAAGGAAGCAAUGUCAGGAUUUUGCUACAGCGCUCUUAGAUCACACAAGAACGUCCAAUGAAUUAGAGAUACUACUCAAUCAUGAUCCCACCGCUCCCGUCUAUGAACAUGGGCAAAGAAUGCAUUUGAAUAGGCUUAAGCUGGCGAUAAAACUCCGACAGAAAAAGUUUGUCGCACAUCCAAACGUCCAACAAUUGCUUGCAAGCAUCUGGUAUGAAGGACUGCCAGGAUUUCGGAGGAAAAACAUGGUCCUACAAGCGCUUGAAAUUAUCCGCAUCGGUAUAUUAUUCCCGUUGUUCUCACUGGCCUACAUAAUUGCACCAUAUUCAACCAUAGGACAAACCAUGCGGAAGCCCUUCAUUAAAUUUAUUUGCCACAGUGCGUCAUAUUUCACAUUUUUAUUUUUGUUGAUGCUUGCUUCCCAGCGAAUUGAAACGUUUAUCGGCGGAUGGUUCUGGCAUCCUACAGCCAUCAUUCAGGACGAGGUGCCGACGAAAAGAGGUGCGAAACCCACGUUUAUAGAAUGGAUGAUAUUGGCGUGGGUCAGCGGACUCAUCUGGAGUGAAGUGAAGCAGUUGUGGGAUGUUGGGUUGCAGGAAUACUUGAAUGACAUGUGGAAUGUGAUUGACUUCGUGACGAACUCUCUUUACGUGGCUACAGUUGCACUGAGGGUUGUAUCCUUUGUCCAGGUCCGAAAAGAGAUGGCCACAAAUCGUAAUGCUGCCGAUUUACCACGUGAAAAAUGGGAUACAUGGGACCCAAUGCUGAUUUCAGAAGGACUUUUUAGCGCUGCCAAUAUUUUUAGUUCUCUGAAAUUGGUUUAUAUUUUUUCUGUGAACCCAUAUUUGGGACCAUUACAGGUUUCACUAUCUCGCAUGAUCAUGGACAUCAUGAAGUUCUUUUUCUUAUAUGUCCUGGUCCUUUUUGCAUUUAGCAGUGGCUUGAAUCAGUUAUUAUGGUAUUAUGCAGACCUGGAGAAGAAGCGCUGCCCAGAGGUUUCACUAAAUAUGCCUAUGAAUGGUACUGCAGACCCCAAUGCGUGUAUUGUUUGGAGGCGGUUUGCAAAUCUUUUCGAAACCAUACAAACAUUAUUUUGGGCCGUUUUCGGCCUCAUCGAUUUGGACAGUUUUGAGUUGGAUGGUAUAAAAGUUUUUACACGAUUUUGGGGGAUGCUGAUGUUUGGAACGUAUUCUGUUAUAAACAUUGUUGUAUUGCUGAAUUUGCUUAUUGCUAUGAUGAAUCAUUCCUAUCAAUUGAUCUCGGAACGAGCCGAUAUAGAGUGGAAAUUCGCUCGAUCGAAGCUCUGGAUUAGUUACUUCGAAGAAGGCGGGACAAGCCCACCCCCGUUUAACAUCAUACCAACCCCCAAGUCUCUUUGGUACGGAUUUAGGUGGUUGAGGCGAAUAUUCUGCAGCUCAUCUUCAGCGGCUCGGCGUGAACAUUUGAAAACUAUAAGGAAGAAAGCGCAACAAGCAAACGAUCGUGACUUUAAAUACCAGCAAAUUAUGAGAAACCUCGUGAGACGCUAUGUAACGGUCGAGCAACGUAAAGCAGAAUCUCAGGGUGUCACAGAAGAUGAUGUAAAUGAGAUAAAACAAGACAUAUCAGCAUUCCGAUGUGAACUAGUCGAGAUACUCAAAAAUAGUGGAAUGGACACCAAUGUAUCAGCGAGCCAAGGAACCGGUGGAAAAAAGAACCGACAGAAGGAACGCCGUCUAAUGAAGGGUUUCAACAUAGCACCGCCUGGCUCAUCAAACUCUCUAGCUCCAGUCUCUGAGUUUGCAACUUCACUGGACCAUUUUGAAAACAACCAAGACAUGCUUGGAUCAACUUUUUCAAAUAUCUUCAAUCCCCACUUCUUACACCGAAAACCAUGUUGCAUCAACCCAACAUGUGGGAUGAUGCUAAUCAAAGAUCCCAGCAUGAGUAUGCAUGGCUCAAACUCAAAAAUAAAUAAAUGUGGAGCAAAAACGUACACCAAACGAUUAGCGAACCAGAAGAAGAGAUGGGGCACCCUAAUCGAAGCUGCAAAGGCCGGCAACGUUUCACGAAUACUUGGACGAUCCCGAUCUGAAGAUUCGGUUUACGGAGUAAUAAAUCCAAAUAUGAACGCACAACAUCUACCACCCGAAUCGGGAAUGACCGAGGCAAGUCAACCAAAAUCAGGUCUAAAUGCCAUGGCGGCUUUAAAGCGGAAAAGAAAGAAAUUCUCUUCAAGCAAAAAUUCAAGUCCAGUUCUGGACUCUGUGUCGAUUAACCCUGAUCCCUCUAAUGAAAGGGCUAUCAAGCGAGUCUCUAGCUUCCCCGCAUGUCCAACCACUGGAGAUAUUUCGGCAAAGCCUCGACGUCAUGAGCACACCCAGAGUCAGCAUGAAUCCGAUGAACUGCCACCAGAAUAUUCAGUGCCUGACGGAACACAGAUGGAGCCAUUGAGUACAGCUGGGAAUUCGCGGGAACCAUUACUUAAUGCUUCGGUCACAUCGAAUGUAACCAACUAAGGAGCGAGCGCACAUUAUAUACGAUAUGUUAACCAAAUGGAAGUAAACAAAGGAAAUUUAUAUCAACGUUAGUUGCAUAUUAUGUACACUGUUUUAAGUACUUUAUUAUCAUAAUAUAGACAUGUAAUAUGAAAAGCAA